AUGGCGUCAGAAAGAUACAGAAGGAAUAAUAUCGCCUCCCUCACCCUCCAAGAUGGCACGGUUGCUGAAGAUCAUGCGAGCAAGGAGUCUGUUAUCUUUCAUUCCUUCAAAGAACGACUGGGUACCUCAUCCAAGCAUGAGAUGAAAUUUAAUCUUGCUAGUAUUAUUAAGAGGAUCGAUGGUCUUGACGCUUUAACUGUACCAUUCACAAGGCAGGAGAUCGAUCUUGUUAUCAAAGAAAUGCCGGCCGACAGGGCACCAGGACCAGAUGGAUUCAAUGGCUCAUUCCUCAAAUCUGGUUGGCACAUAAUAAAAGAAGACUUCUAUGCUUUAUGUGAUCAGUUCUUUGAUGGAGGACUCAAUCUUGAGAGCAUUAAUGAUGGUUAUAUUACUCUCAUUCCCAAAGUUUCCACACCACAAGGAGUUAACGACUUCCGACCCAUCACUCUUCUUAAUUGUUGUCUUAAAGUCAUCACUAAACUCCUGGCUAAUCGGUUGCAAAAAGUUAUUUUGAAGAUCAUACACCGUAACCAGUACGGUUUUUUGAAAAAGAGGUCCAUCCAAGACUGCCUUGCAUGGGCAUUUGAAUAUAUAUAUCAAUGCCAAAAUUCUAAGCAACCAAUUGUUUUACUUAAGUUGGACUUCGCCAAAGCAUUCGAUACCAUAGAACAUGAGGCCAUGAUUGAAAUUAUGAAGAACAUGGGAUUCAAUGAUAAGUGGUUCGGCUGGAUCAAAGACAUUUUUUCCUCGGUUGGGCUCAAAAUCAACUUCCACAAGUCAACCCUUGUUCCUCUGAACUAUGAUGCUGCCACUGCUCAACAUAUUGCUCAAAUAUUUGGCUGUGUGAUAGGAAAGCUACCUUUCACUUACCUGGGCCUACCCAUGGGUACUUCGAAACCAACGGUACAAGAUCUAAUGCCUCUAGUAUGUGGAGUUGAACGACGUCUCUCCUCCACCUUGUCGAUGAUAUCUUACGGAGGUAAAUUGUCAUUGUUGAAUUCUGUCAUCACGUCCUUAAUAAUCUUUGCACUGUGCACUCUGAAAUUACUCUACAGUCAUUGGGAUGUGCCAUGGGUAGAAUUGAUUUGGUCUACUUACUAUGUGGACAAAAUCCCUCAUGCCUCAGACCCGUGUGGUUCAUUCUGGUGGAAAGACAUUCUCAAACUUACUCCGACUUAUCGAGGCAUCUCCCAUGUGGUUGUUCAUUCCGGGAACAUGGUCCUGAUGUGGAAAGACCUUUGGCUUGAUGAGGUACUGGCAGAAUCACACCCACGUGCAUUUUCCUACGCCAAACUUGAAGAUAUCUCAGUUAGAAACUUAGUUGGGAGCCAAAAUCUCAAUGAAACCUUCCACCUUCCCCUCUCCAUGCAAGCCCAUGAUGAGCUGAGACAUAUCCAGGAAAUCACAGCACAUGUUGGUAACCAGGUUGAUGAAGUUGAGAGGGAUCAGUGGUGCUAUGCCUGGGGAACUGACGUCUACACGGCCAAAAGUUACUACAAAUUCUAUUUUCGAGACGUGUCAACUCACAAAGCUUACAAAUGGCUCUGGAAAUCUUCCGCCACAAUGAAAAUCAAAGUCUUUGGAUGGUUACUUCUCUCUGAUCGUCUCGACACAAGGAAUAUGCUAAAGAGAAGACACUAUAAAAUUGGAGACAACUAUGGAUGCAUCCUCUGCGGUACUAAUGACGAGGAAACUCUUGAGCAUAUGAUCUUUCAUUGCCCAUUCAGCAAGGCUUGUUGGGACACUUUACAUAUCCACUGGGCUACACAAGGAGAUAGAUUAUUUUGGAUCCAAGAAGCCAAAACUGCUUGGAACAACCCAAUGUUCAUGGAGAUUUUCCUAUAUGCCUCUUGGAGCCUAUGGAAAGAGAAGAAUAAUAAACAUUUUCGAAGCAUUGCUCCUUCUAUCAGCUCGUGGGCAACAAGAUUCAAAGAAGACUUCUCUCUCCUUACUCAUCGGGCCAAGGAGAGACACAGAGGGUUUGUUCCCUCUUUCCUAGAGUACUUUGUACAUCCGUAG